AUGAAGCGAAAGUUGUCUGCUCAGGCUCUGGAUCCCAGAACAGCGGAUGAAGCAACAGAGGCCGGCGUUGAGAUUGUUGACGACGAGGAUCUCUGCCCAAUAUGUGUUGCACUGAUCUAUGCGCCGGUGAAGACACACUGUGGGCACACAAUGUGCGCAGAAUGCAUGGAAAAGUGGGCUGAAGUAUCGAUUACUCGGCAGAUGGAAGUCGUUGGACUCGACGACGCGCCUAUGACACUCUUGCCCAGCGAAAUACAGAGCGCUUGUCCCAUGUGUCGGACCUUGACUAGGGCAAGCGCAGAUCAGAGGCGGGAAGGUGCGCUUCGCGCAAAGUACCCUGGCACUUACCGUCAACGACAGGCUGAGGCGCGUACCGUUACUGACGAUGCUUCUGAGAGCAUCGAGACUCUCACGCUCUACAUCGGUAACACGCACUCACUGGUGAGAUCGGAGAUGCAAUCCAAAAACACCCACAACUGGACGUUUUUUGUUCGUCCCUCUCGUACAGAUAUCAUAGAGGAGGUGCAGAUAUUUCUGGUGUUCAAGCAUCCUACAUUUAGGAAACCGCGUGUUAUUGUCCAAUUCCCACCCUACGAAAUACAUAGGCUUGGUUGGGGCACCUUCUCCAUCUAUGCAAAUGUAAUUCUGAAGGCAGGGUACAAAUGGAUGAGCACGGAGGCGGAGGAUACUGCAGAUGGGCAGCAACAGGGUAAGCUUCCGCUGGAGUGGUAUCUAGACUUCAGCUCCCGUGGCAGUCAAGGACGCUGGCGGUUAAAGGUCAAGAAGGAGAAGGAGAAUCAAGAGAUUGAAGAUGCUGCGCAACGUGAGUCGGUUAUGCGAAGCUGGCGGCGACAGAGAGAACUGGAUCCUGAUUGGAUCAACCCUGAAAGUCCGUGA